AUGACGACCAAAUCCAACAGCGGCGUUCUGGGUGGCAAGGCGCCAUCUUCUCUCCUCCUGUCCUCGCAACCCCGUCAACGUCUGGUCACGAAAGACGGACACUGCGCGCUUCGCCCCCCGCCGUGCCGGGCGGGCCGCUGGCACAGGGCCUGGAGCCGGACCUGGCUGCUGGCCCUGCUGGACUUGUGGGGACUGUUGCUGAGCCUGCGCUGGAGGUGGGUCCUCCUGGCCUUCUGCGCCUCCUUCCUGGCCCACUGGCUGCUGUUCGCCUGCAUGUGGUACCUGUUGGCCCACCUCAACGGAGACCUCACCGUCAAGGACCACGACGCGCCGCCGCAGGGCCACGUGGUCUGCGUCAAACACAUCACCAGCUUCACCGCCGCGUUCUCCUUCUCGCUGGAGACGCAGCUGACCAUCGGCUACGGCACCAUGUUCCCCAGCGGGGACUGCCCCAGCGCCAUAGCGCUGCUGGCCGUGCAGAUGCUGCUGGGGCUCAUGCUGGAGGCUUUCAUCACAGGUGCAUUCGUAGCCAAGAUUGCGCGACCCCAGAAGCGAGCGGGAGCCAUCCAGUUCAGCCCCCAGGCGGUGGUGGGUCAGCACCAGGGCAAGAAGUGCCUGAUGGUGCGAGCCAUCAACCUGCUGCAGCGCCCCCUGGUGGACGUGAGGGUGAGCGCCGUGCUGUACGAGGAGCACGAGGGCCAGGCCCUGCACCAGACCUCUCUGGAUUUCCACCUGGACCACCUGGGCCAGGAGCCGUGCCCCUUCUUCAUCUUCCCGCUCACUUUCUACCACCCCUUGGACUGCCGCAGCCCCCUCUUCUCCCCCCUGUGCGAGGGCUCGUCCCACCACUUUGAGCUGGUGGUCUUCCUCACGGCCCUCCAGGAGGGGACCGGCGACUCCUGCCAGAAGAGGACCUCCUACCUGCGUCAGGAAAUUCUUUUCGAUCACCUAUUCGUGCCCGCCUUGGGGUUAGAUGCCAAGGGGAGAUACAUGGUGAGCGCUCAGCACUUCGACACGGCCAAUCUAAAGGAGGCUUUCAACAAGGACUGUGUGGUGCAGAUCAACGGCGACGGCAACGACAGGAUGGAGUAAGGAUGGUGAACACCAAGUCGUUUUAAGGACAGCGGAAAGUUUUUUUUGGUGCACAUUGGUAUUUUAAUGGAUUAUAUUCGAUUGACUGAAUUAUCGCUUAAACGUUUCUAAUCAAAAUCUGAGUCAGAGAUAGGCAGUGCUGUUAACUCCCAAUUUAUGCUUUUGCAAUUUUGCUUGCAUUUAUCAGUCUGUACCCACAGCUUCGAGAAUUUCAGUUCCUCCCCUUUUCCUCAUUUUUGUUUUUAAUUUGUUUAUGCUAAGAUGCAAAUGGAGGUUAGAGGGUACAGCCGCAAGUAACGAUAAUGGGAAGCAGCAGGUAUUUACCAGAAAGAGUCCUUUGUUGAAAGUGGUAAUCUAAGUGAGAAACAGUCAUACUAAAACCAUAACAAUGUUGUUACUAAUCCAUUGUUUUUUGUUACAGCUUAUUCCUGCAUUUGAUCAAAUCUAUGAUAAAUAAGCUCCAGUGUUCAUGACUUAGAAUUAGUACUUGAUAUAGUAUUAUCAAGACACUGGCCAAAUUUAAUUUAUGUAUAUACCUUAAGAUUAAGAUGCUGUUUUGUCAAGGAUACAGCUGUACAAACUUUUUCAAAGUUCUUUUUAUAUACUUCUUUUCUCCUCAAGGUGUAUAAGAAAUAAUUGAGACUUUUUGUCAAAAAGAUAUAUAUUGAUGUAGGUUUCUGAGUCAUGUAUGAGAAGACAGUGAAGAGAGGAGACAAUGUUCAAUAAAAAUAUGGAAAUCAGUAGUGUCCUUUAAUUUGCAACAACCAGGGAAAAAUCCUCACUCUGUUUGAUCAUCUGGAUUGUGUUCCUGUUUGCUCUAGACUUCACUUUUUUCAUGAUUGCAUUCAAACCGAAAUGUGAUUGCUUAUCUUUCUGGCCAAAGCAUGAAAACCCAUUUAUCCGUCAAUGGCAGCAUUUAAAUGGCCAAAAAUGUGAAAAAUGAAUAUCAAUGUUGCAAACAAACGUUAAAGAUCAUGUAGUUUAAACUUUUCUAUACCAAAUAUGCAUUUUGGACUUCAUUCAUUUCUAGUUACCCACGAGUUUUCAUUACUUCUGACCAGGUCAUUAUGGACAUAGAUGUGGAGUAUAUAUGUCUUGAGAAGUCUUUUGGGGUAUCUCAUUUUAAAAAUAUUCUGUAAACAUUUAUUUUCCUGGAUUAACUCUCAUCCUCAGUUUUGUAAAUGCUCAUCAUGCAUAGUAAUGUUCAAAAAUAGACUGUAACACUGUUGUUUGCUUACUUCUCAACAUGGUUUUCCUCUGGUUCCAACAAUUUUGAAUCACUCUUUGUUUUAUCUUGACCCAUUGACCAGUUUGCUUUGGGAUUAAGGACUUAAUGAUGACUGCAUGGUGGUGUGGAAGUUAGGAUCAUCUGCCCGGAUCAAAACACAGCUUUCUGUGUGAAAUUUUAACAUUUUACCCAUCUAUGAUGAUUAACUGCAUGUUUUCUUAAAGCUUUGAAAACAGAAUUGCGAUAAUAAAUAUGGCAGCAGUGACAUUUUCUAUAGCAUAACCUACCACAACAACUUUUUCC